GGAGGAGUAAACUUUAGAGACCGACACACACACACACACACACACACAGAAACGGAUCGACGAGAUGGAGACCCAAAUCCCCGACUUCUCUGGAAAAUGGAAAAUGAAGUCAUCGGAAAAUUUUGAGGAACUUUUAAAAGCUCUGGGUGUGAAUGUGUUUGUGAGGAAAAUUGCUGUGGCGGCGGCGUCCAGUCCUGCAGUGGAAAUCACCCAGCAGGGAGCCAGUCUGUCCAUCAAAACGUCCACCAGCAUCCGCACCACCCACGUCUCCUUCACUGUGGGUCAUUCUUUCAAUGAGACCACAGUGGAUGGAUGUCCCUGCACGAGUUUUCCAACUUGGGAAUCAGAGCGUAAGAUCAGCUGUGUGCAGACUUUACAGAAAGGUGAGGGACCAAAAACCGCAUGGACCCGAGAGCUGACGAAUGAUGGAGAACUGAUCUUGACAAUGACAGCAGGAGACGUCAUCUGCACCAGAGUUUAUGAAAGGGAAUGAGAACAAGGCUGUCAUACAUCACGCGUGCUUCAUAUUUACUUGCUUUAGUCUCUUUGAACGCACCAAUAGUGGGUGUGGAAAAAUGCUUCAAUUGACCUUAUGUUCCUUAUAUGAGUUGGUGACACACAUUGAAUUCAUCAAUCAGGAGUGCAGCACAGGGGCCAUUUGCGGCCCGUGGCUGUUUUCUUGUUGGCCCGCGGCACAUUCUAAAAAUAGAAUUUUUAAAAGUCAAAAUAUUAUGGGAAUAAAGUUGUAAUAUUAAAGGGAUAGUUCUGAUUUUUUGACAUGAAGUUGUAUGACAUCCCCAUCAGCAGUGUAGUACAAUAACAGCGAUUUACCCCCCACUUGGUCUCCUAAGUCCACUUCUGGUCAGAUUUCCGUGAUGAAGAACGUAGUUCCACUUAGUUGCUGGGGACAAUUAAGGAAAGACUUUGGUUUCUCAAAACAAUAUGCGAAGAAAAGAUUAACACAUUUGCUUUCUCCAAAAAAUCGGUGCGGUUAAUGCGCACAGUGCUGACAUGAAUGUUCUAGCUGGCUCUCGUCAGUGAACGUGCAAGAGUCGUCACCUCCAGUGUAUUUGGUCUAUGGCUAUGCAACUUCUGAUCCCCUUUAUGUCUCACAAGGACAAUAGCCACUCUGAAGUCCACGUUAUUGUGUGAGGAAAACCUAGACAUUUUACUGGGUGGAUGGAAAGUUCCCCUGUGUUUGUUCUGUUAGAAAAAUUGCCACGCACAUAUUGGUUCAAUCUAGAUGACGCCCUUGACUAAAGGUUGAUAUUCUCAAAGGAGAAAUCGAAACCAUUCACUCUCUCCUUGUUAGCUGAACGGGCCGGUUCAUUCCUCCUUCAGUGAUGUAAUGGGGCCUUGUGGUGGAGUACAGGCUUUGGAAUGCUGUGGUUUUAAGGCCUGGAGGCACUCAAAUGCAACAUUUGAUACGAGGCAAUCAUGGUUGUUCAAGGAAAGUAGCCUCAAGCAGAUGUAAGCACAAAAGGUCAUAGAGGUGCAAGUAGACCAAGGUGAACCAAAAUCAUCCUUAAUAUGGUUCAUUACUCAACUCAAUGGUUGCAUUGAGCACUAAAUGGAUGUAAGAAGUGUGUCACCAGGCCAUUAUGCCAAGAGGAAAUGAAAAUCAGAGACAGUUUAAAGUUGCUCCCUUUUUACGGUUCUCACAAUUCCUUCAAUGUUCAGUCGUUCAGAAAAACACUUGUGAGGUCAUAUAUUAAGGUUGGACCUGCUGACAUACAAGCUCCAUUUGAGUAUGAUUGAUGGGGUUGAGAUCAGGGCUUUCAUGACUAAUCUAAGCAGAAAGGACAGAAAAGCUGGAAGCCUUUAAUCGUCCAAAACGGUCUUGGAAUGCUGAUUAAUUGAUUAAGCGAUGUGCCGUCGUCCCUCGCAAUAUCGUGGUUUGAUUAUCGUGAUUCCCAUGUCAUGUUUCUUCAAACUUUUAUGAAUUAAUAAAUUAUCGCUGUUUCUUGGCAGUGAUCCGCAA